AUGACAACAAGCAAGCCAGCCAGGAGCAGAGGUCCACGUGCAUCACACUUCGAGUUCAUCUCCGUCGCGGGUGACAAUGUAGCCGGCGACGCAGUCACGCGGCGACGCGUUCGCAGCCACGCGAUGGUCGACUAUCGCCGACGAACCGCUAAACCCAAGCGAAAGGAAACCACAUCCAUUGAGGUUGAUACGAGCCCGCUACUGCAGGGCUCUGUUUUAUCACCCCUGGUUGCUUCUCCAUCAUUGCCCGAAAAGCAGCAGGCCUGCACAGAUGGCCUUGUCUCGGUAGCUCCGCUCUCGAUGCUGGAUGCAAGUCGAUCGGACCCAUUCGGGACAUUUCCGAUCGAACGCGAUCGACGAACUCGUCGGCUCUGGGACCAUAUGUACGAUGGAACUUGCUCUAUGUUUCGAACCAUGCUCGACAUCGGUUUUCUCGACGUCGUCCGUGAAUCCAUCGCUCUAUCACAACUGUUAUCAGCCUCGUCAAAACACUUGGGCCAUCUAUUCGCCGACGACAGCGGCACGGAUCACUACCGGUACACCGUUCAUGCGACAACUCUCCUGCAGCAGCGUCUACGAGACCCCACAACUUGUGUGACUGACGAAGUGGUCGUUGCUGUGCUAGCGUUCUGUUGUUAUGCUAACAUGACGCGGGAUCCAAAGCUGUUGAAUGUUCACAUGGAUGGUCUAUCCCGGAUCCUUGACUGCAGAGGUGGCGUCCAAUCUCUCGACUCUAACCCACUGCUGAGGACCAUGCUGUAUUGGGUGGAUGUCAAUGGCGCAUAUAUUCAAGACAGUAUGCCUCGAUACCAUCAGCCUCUAGCGAUCUUGGCCGGUCGUAGCAAGCUCACCAUGGCCUCGUAUCAGUUCGACCUAUCGCUUGACGGCGAAAGCAACAACCGCAACUUCUUUGUCUCAUAUAUCCGUCAGAGCCUUGCCGAGUUGCAUUCCACGAUACCAUGGAGGCGCGUGUGA